UGAGGGGAAAAGAUUUUGUUGAGGUGGGGAGGGAGAUAGUGUGAGAUUUUAUGAAAUAAAAUAAAAAUGGCGGCGGGGCGCUGUCAAAUAAAAAUAUUAAACGUGGAUUUUUUUUCAAGUCAAUAAAAAUUUCUAUUAAAAUUUUAAAAAUAAUUUUCUGAAUAUAUUCGUAUACAUUUUUUAUUUUUGAACAACAACAUCUUCUAUUCUUUCUUCCCUUUUAAUUUUUUUGUGAGUUUUUUCUUUGCUUAUUUUUUUCUUAAGCUGUUAUCAAGCUGUACCAAUCUUAACACAAUCUUUAGCAAUUAGCCUCAUACCUAUCUCAAGCUUUAAAGAGUGUUUUUUUUCUUACUUAAAUCCCUACACUAAUCUUUAUUUUUUUCCAAUUAUAAUUUGUCAUUUUAUAAUCAAUCACUUGACACUUUUUUCUUUUAUUUUUUGCACUCGAUUUUAUAUAAAAAUUUGGAGAUAUAAUAUUUAAUAAUAUCCUUUAUCUUCAGUCAUUUAUAUUUAAUAUUUUUUUAAAUUUUUUUGUUUGUUCAGAUUGUGGCCAAGCACUUGUCGUCGUCCCUCCUCCUCUUCCUCCUCAACCUCUUCUCCAUCCUCCAGCUUCAAACAAAUCCUUGUCUUCAGUAGGCGAUAGCUGUACUACUACCACUAGCAGCACUGGUAGCAAUAAGAGUAAUAACGUUUCAACCAAUAAUUUUUCUAAACGACAAUCAGCACCAAUACCAGCAUAUUUUCAACACCAACAACAGCAGCAAAUAAUCUCUAAUAGUGGUGGAAUUAAUAAUAAUAAUAAUACAACAAUAACAACGACAACAACACUUAGACGUUCUUUUGCAACAUCAAUAUCUCGUUCUUCCAACACUCAAAGUAGUAGUAUGUUAAGUAGUAGUGGUGGAGGGGAUUCUUAUCAUCAACAACAACCUAUAGCAGCAGCAACAACAAAUUAUUCUUCCCCAACAGAAUUUCCAAGUAUUGAUGGAAUAUCUUCUGGAAGGUCAGCAGCCCUUUGUGCACUUUGUAGAAUUGUUUGUUCAAAACAUACAAAUGAACAAUUAAGAGAUGAUCAAUUGGCUAGGUUCUUUGCAUUGGCACAUGAAGCUUUAAUUUCGAAUGACAGAAUUCUUCUCAGUUCUUUUAUCUUCUCUAGUGCCGACAAUCUUUUUAAAUUGGCAUUGAAAGGUGUUCAAAUUUUAUUACCAAAUUAUUUGCGUGCAAUAGAGCUUGUACAUAAUGAAUCACUUCAAAUUUUACUUCAUCCUUCUAUAAGUCAAAUAGAAAUGCGUGCAGCUUGUUUAAGAGCCCUUGCUUCAAUACUACCUUGGCCUUCAUUAUUUGGUUAUGCUAAUAUUCUUGGUAACAACAAUCAAAAUUCUUCAUCUUCCAUUAAUUCUUCUUCACAAAAAAUUAAUAAACGUCAAGAAGGUUCAUUUUCUUCAUCUUCAUCAUCAAAUUUAUUGGAAUCAUUUUCUCGUUAUAUUGAUAUUCGUGAACCUAUUCAACGUGUGCUUUAUUGCUCUCUUCGACAAGAAACUGAUCCUUUCAAUAUUCAAUAUGCGCUUGGACUUGCAGCUAUUUUUUGUGUUGAGGUAGCCGAACCGGAAUUGAAGAGAGCAGCAAUGUUGAAAGUUUGGAAGAAUGAAAACAACAAAGAAAGGAAUGAUGAAACUGAAACUUGUAAAGAAACUAUUGAAGCUCCAUUUUCUACUUCACUUAUUCGAUCAUUUAUAAGUGCAAUUUGUGAUAAUUUAUGUAAACCUUUAUGGGCAAAUGAAACACUUUGUUGUUUAGCAGCAUUUGAUUGUCUAAAUUCUUUUUGUUCUCUUCCACAAUCUGUUUUAUUUUCUAAAGGUGAACUUUCAACCGGUUCUUUAAUUGUAACAUCUCUUUGCCGUUUUAUUGAGCAACAGCUUAAGAAACCUCCACCUCUUCAUUCAAAGGAUAUGCAUUCUACUGUUGUUGCGGCUUAUUUUUGUAUGAGUGUGUGGUUUUGUUCGGCUCCUAAACUUGCUCGUAUUGAAUCAUGUUUGGAUACUGUUGCAUUGGCUAUUGAGUUGGGAAUGACGGGAGGGCAUAAAUUGACUCCAGAACAAUACAAACCAGCAAGUCAACGUGUUCAUGAUGCAGCACAAUCUUUAUUACAUUCCUUAUUUUCUACAAAAAUUCCAACAACAUCAACUUCAAAUUUUGUAAUAAAAAAAUUUUCUUCAUCUUCAAUAAAUGAAUUGGUUUUAAUUAAAAAAUUUGGAUUAAAACUGGACAAAUUUGAACAUUUUUUAUUACGUCAACAAAAUGUUUUAAUUUCACUUUAUGAAGCACAAAAUAUUCCAACUUUAUCAAAAGGUCUUCCUUGUGUAAUUGCUAUAUUUCGUACACCGUUUAAUGCUCCAUGGGCAAGUUUGUUUAGACUAUUGCCGAAAGCGCCUCCUAACCGAAAGAAGAUUUGUAAGCAGAAUAAUAAUGUUGUCAUUCAUCAACAACAUCAACAAUUAAUUAAACAACAAACACAAACAAAUUCCGAAACCUGUAAAAUUCGUGAUAGUGAACAACAACAACCUUCUAAUGACCUUUUAAGUAUACAAACAAAAAAUAUUUUGGAUUGUAAUGGAGGUGGUGGUGGAAAUACUGCUACAAAUACAAGUAGUGUUGCUUCAACUACAAGUAGUGGAGUUUCUUCUUCAGCACCUCCUCCAAAUAUUACAACAACAACAACAGCAACAAAACAAUUUAAAAUACCAAAAGAAGCGUUUGAGCCAGAAUGUGAAUACGACAAAAAAUUCCCAAAAUUAGAGCCUGUUCCACCACAAGUUUUGGCAAUACAAUCACAACUUGAACAAGUCCAAGCUCGUUUAGCUGCUGGCAAUGGGGCUCCUAUUGGUGAUCGAGAUACUAGAAAUGUUUGGAUUAAUAAUUCUUUGGGUCCUUUACUUACAAAACCUCCUGUACCUGAAAGUCCUGUUUCUCAUUGCAAUUCUCUUCGUGUUUUUCUUUAUGAUUUGGGAUUGAUCAAUCGAACAUCUUAUCUUAAUGAAUUGACACCUUUGGAUAGCUCAUCAUAUGACAUUUUCUACGAUUCUCUUUAUACAACUGUAGAUCAACAUCCUGUUCAUUUAACUGAAACUGUUUCAAUAUUUUAUGUUAAAGAAGGACAAAAGUGUAUUGAAGAUAUUUUACAAAAUAAUGUACAAAUUGAUCUAAGGCAAACAAGUGCAGAAUAUUGUCGAUUAUUAAGUGAAUUGGGAAGAGCUUUGGAAAUGAGAGAAAAAAUUCAUAAAAAUGGAGGCACAUUUUCAACAAAUACAUCAACAAAUAAAAACGAAAAGAAACAAGAACCCUCUUUUGCUGAAAAUUUUGUUUUUGAUGGUAUUGACUAUUGCUUGAAUUGGAAAGAUGACCAUGUUGAUAUUUCUUUUGUAACACCAACUGGACGAACAAUAACAACAAAUGCUUCAACAGCAAAUGGAGGAAAUGGAUCAUCAAAAGCAGCAUCAAGUGUUCGACGAACAGCAACUUUACGACCUUCUUCUAUUGAUAGUGUUCAACAACAAUUUAGUGGGUUUUUUGAAUUUAAAUUUAUUUGUUUUUUUUGCACUUUUUUGUUUCGUUUUUUGUUUUGUUUUUUCUGCACUUUCACUGAUUUUGCUUUUUACACUAAUGUAUGGUUGGCGGAUUCUGUGAAAUCAUCGGAUAUCCGGUCUUUUUUUGGAUUCGGAUCUGCCAACCUCAAUGCACUCUUUGCUUCAUAUUUCUAUUUUCUUUUUUCGAGUAAACAACCUCAGGGAUGGGCUUUUUAUAAUUUGUUCAGAAUUUUCUUUCUUUCCUGGAACAUUUCUUUAAAAACUAAAAUACGCUUAUAUUUAGGCAUAAAUGCUAAUAACAAUAUUAACACAAAUAAUAAUACUAAUAAUAUUAUGGGGGAAUAUUGUAUAGAUAAACUAUCUUAUACUAAUGACAUGAAUAUUAAAAAUAUUAAUGAAUAUUAUUACAAUAAACAAUCUUUAAUAAACAACAAUAUCUUGGAUAACAAUAACUUUGCUGAAAAAGAAGAAAUCAAGAAAGAUGAAAAAUAUUAUUCGACCCUUUUGGGCGAUGAAUACGAAUUUUUUAAAAAGCGUGCAAUGCUUAUUUGGGCACAAAGUAUAGAUGAAAUUAAUGCAAUGGAAAGAGAUUUGAUUAUUUCUGGAACAGAAAAUCAACAAAUUGAUGAUAGUUUAGAUGAAAAGGAGGAGGAAGAGGUUGCUCCAACAUCUAUAGCGGCUUCAUCAACGCCAGCAGCAACACCUUUACCUAUUCGUUCUGCUCGUUUUUCAACAAGUAAACCUCUUAGUUUGGAAAAACAACGACGACUUUCUUUAAUUUCGGCUCAUAAUUCAUCAAAAGGAUCAGCUGAAAGUGGUGGAAGUUUGUGUUGCAAAAACAUUGCAAUGAUUAAGGCAGAGGAUGAGGAAAUAAUGGGCGUUGAACAACGCAUACGUGCUUCUUCUAGCAAUUCUGCAGCUUCUAUUCAUGUUAGAAAACAUGCUGUUACAGCUCAAAGGCGAACAAGUAUUCAAAGUGCUAGACAUCGACGUUACAAUUUGGGAAAGAUUGAUCUUAGAGACAUUAACAACAUUCAUAGUAGUCCUCCAGCAAGUCCACCACCAAUGUCUCAUGGACGUCGAACUUCUACAGUUUUUAGAGAAAUUCUGCUUGGGAAUUUGCGUGUUGAAGACGUUACAUUUUCUGAUAAGGCUUCUACUACAGCAACAGCUGGCUCGUCUACAACACAUACUCCUACAAAUAUGUCUCCAGUUGAUUCAAAUAAUGAUAGUGCUAAUAAUUUUAGUCAUCUGGAGACAUCCUCGGUAGCAUCAACAUCUACUUCAUCUAAUAAUUAUUUUGCUAGUGAUAAAAAGUCGUCGUCCCCAACUUCAAGCAAACAACAAAUACCAACAUUAAUUAAACCACCAUUAGAACGUAAUGAUUCUAUAGCUUCAACAUCAACAACAACAUCAACAUUUUCUUAUAUAAAAUCUCUAUUUUUUCGAAGAACAAGUAAAGUAACAACAUCACAAAAUUCACAAGCUUCUUCAGAAUGUGGAAGAAGAAAAUCUUCACUUGCAAAAGUUAUUGAUGAAGAAUUGGAAGAUUUGAGGGAAGAGGAAGAAAAUGAAAAGAAAAAGAUGAGUGUUGAUGUUGGGAGAGGGGAAAGGGAAGGAAUUAUAAAAAAUGAUAAAUUGGUGGAGAAGGAUGUAACGAGGGAAUCAUUCGCUUCUUCCAACGGCAACCCUUCUAGAAUUAAAGAUACAGGAGGAGGACUUGUAUUGUCAUCUACGCCUACAUAUCCACCACCACAAGCCUCCUCGAUUCAAUCUAAUAAUCGAACACUAAGUUCUGCUUCAGCUGGAAAUGAAUCAUCCACCGUUAAUUCAUCUAAUACAACAGCUACAACAAAUAUUGAACAUUUACAACAGCAAAAAGCAACGACAAACUUACAAAAAUGGUCAAAGCGUUCUGCUGAUUUGAGGAUUUUUAUUGUUUGGUUAGAAAGAUUAGAAGAUUUGUCAACCUUUCCAAUUGCUGAAAUGUUUCCAUUCACAACAAAUGAUAUAAACACCCUUAAACAUUCUACAACAUCAACAACAACUUUAAAUUCGAAUAUCCAAAUACAACAACAACAAACAAUAGACCAUUUAGUUUUUUAUAUUUACCCAUUUGAGAGAGGAUUAAGAAGAAUACAAAUUACUGGUAUUUGGACUAAACAAGGACGUCCUGGACCUUUACAUAAUGGAACUGUUGUCUCUACUAGAUCAUUACCUUUAUUAUUAAAACAAACAAUAUGUAAUGUAGCAAGGAGGAAAGCUGCUGAAAUUGACAAUUAUCAAAUGACUCAUCUAAAAAGAAAACAAGCUAUUGCUGAAUUUGGUCGUCGUUUUGCAACUCGUCAAGAUUAUACUGAAUUUGUUGAACAUUUACUUGAAGAUAAUUCUGCUUCAUUUAGUGGGACUGUGUUUCCUCCAUGAUGUUUUUUGGUGCUACAAUGGG